UGCAGCUCCUUUUCUGGUACCGGUACAAUUAUGUAUUGUAAAGGCGCCAUGUCUAGUUGCCGAUUUCAUUCCUUGCAUGUGCAGUUCUAUUUCGGCAUGAUUAUUCGAAGAUAAUGCAUCAAUCAUUAUACAGCAGACCUGACCAAAAUGUGAGAUUCAAGCUAAUCAAACUCGCACAUGUCGUGGAAGAAUGGUAGUGCACCAUGCGGCGGCGAUUGCCUCUGGAUUGGUUUUCGAUGAGGUAUCAGGCAGCCAAUCUGAAGCAGACACUUACGCCCAUGCGGGUCCUCGUCUGCCCACUGUGUGCUCCGCGUCAAUGGGUGCGCAAGGUGCCUGCCCAUGGCCAAAGAAGACCUGGUGGGGCCUCUCCGCUCCGCACGCCGAAAUACUAGCGUCGAUACGAGCAGUCGAGCAGGAUGCGCAUCAUCUUCAGGCUGCUGGAGGUGUCGCUUCAACAACUUCUCAACUCGGAAGUGCUGGAGGAAAUGGGGGCGAGGAAAAUUCGACGUCACGACUGGCGUUUUCGGCUUCGCCACCAGAGCUAGGGCAAGUCGGAGGAGGAAAUAUGGCUUCUAAUAUUGGACGUUGCAGUAAGACCAAAGAAGCACAGCUGCUUUCGAUCGGGCAGACGGUUUUUCCACGUUACCCUAAGCUGUCACGUGUGCGGCUGCAACGAUGCUCCUGGCCGGGAGCCGCCAAACUAGGAACUACAGGGGAGCUUAAUGGAGAUCACGUCAUGGGUGGACAGGAGCAUCCUUCGAAGCAUCAUAAGCAGCUGAAUAAUUGGCAGCGAUUGCCAUACGCUCUGAGGGAAUUAUUGACAUUGUUGUUUUCCUCGAAGUACAGUCACGCGUCCUCGUUAUCAGAAAGUAAAGCACCUCCCACGCCGUCGUCGUCGUCGUCGUCGUCGUCUCCUACGGCUUUCAUUCUGGACAAAGCGCUGGAUUUGAAGGGGAACUUCAUUAAGAUGAUGCACGUUGCGAAUGGGUUUCCCAUCGGACCAAACGCUACAGAGAUCGGAGAGCCGAAUAUCUAUCCUUUGCAGGAGUGCGACCCUGCUGGAAGGAUACCGACUGCGGUACAGGGAAAGUGGUGUGUCGCAGACAUGAUCGAUCAGACAGACAUCAACGGCCCUUUUGCGCCCACUAAUGUAGGACUAAUACCAAAAAUGUACGCGAAACUUUCCAACGCUGUGGGUGACAGGCGCUUUAGCGGAGCGGAUAAGGAAUAUCCGCUGAACAAUAUCUGCAUACCGCACCUACCGGCAGACUUUUGCAGAUUCACCAAGCACCGCGAUCUGCUGCCGGGAAAUUGGCGUCAUGGGUAAUACGUAGUUACUUACAUAGGAGGACGAGGAGGUGUGAUAUUUUCUCCAAUCCAUUAUUGAUGAUCUCUUUCCGCAUCCGCAUAAAAAAUCAUUCAUCUUUUACUUAUCGCGAGUAGGUUGUUGCUCUGCCAGAAUCGAUUCAGUUUCUUAUUAGUAUGAGUGGGUAAUGAAGUAAGUGACUUCAAGAACAAACACGAACCAUGUUCAGGUUUGCAAAGAUGAAGGAGCCUUGGUGGGAGGAGAGUUCUCCGUUGCCUUACCCGUCCAUGCUGAGCUCUAAAGAGCGGAAUCUUAGCGCGCCGUAUGGCCACGGUCAGAUGCUGUACGACAAAGCACGGUUAUUGUCGAGCGUGGAUCCUGCUUGGCCGGAUCAUCGCCGUAUUGAGGAGUCUUCCUUGAGCUCUCGUCUGCAGAGCGAGGCGCAAACGAACCUCCUGAACAACAAGACGAAGGACCAAACUGACGCGGUGGAGCUGCCGGCAAACGCGUACGCGACACGCGCGCCCCAUCUGAACAUUGCUGGUAAUAGAGGCGCAAAGUCGCAAAUGGCGUUCAGGCCCUCGGAUGGACUCACAAAAUUUUGGGUUGCGAAUCCAGACUCCAUGUAUGUGGAUGAAGACCCAACAAGAAACAUCCGAUUUAAAUUCACUGUGCGAAUGGUGGAUCCGACGAACCUCGUGGACAAUUAUGAGCCUUGUUGGAGUACAAGCACUUUCUUUUUCAAUUGUCAAUCUGAGCUCUUCUUUUCGGCGUUGUGUCCUUUCAACGAAAAGUUCGCUAUGCAUACGCUAGAGGCAUCCGUUUCUAAGUCUGGAUGAAGGGCGCUUUUGCCGGUCAGGCGAUGUCGCAGCCCGUCUGGGAGCCACCGACACUAGUGCUCGAUGAAGGUGAGGAUUGCUGUGCUGACGGCUGUCGUGCGCACAUCGGCAAGCCCUUUUGUGUCACGGAGGCGGAGAUUCGUCGUUAUUUUGAGCAGGCAGACCACAUGCCGCCUCCGGAUUUGAUUAACUGUGCAGCAUCGGACUCGCAGAUCUGUGAUUCCCUCCACGGAGAUGCUCGCGACACAGAUGAUCACUGGGGCCUGGGCUGGCUACAGGCCAUGCGGCGAUGGAACACCUUGCACGGUCCGAUGCCGCCGAGGGACGAACUUCAGCAAGAACGGAAAGACGCCCUCAGCGGAACACCCGGAGAUAUCGACUUCAAACAAGUUCUUAGGGGCAAACUGAUGCAAGAGGGUAUUGUUGAACUUAUACUUUCACUUACUCUUUCUUGCUUCUCCUCUUCUCUGUCUUUCCGUCUUCUCUGGCACUUAUCUCACGCUUAACACGUUAUACAUCACAAUAGCACGAUUUUUGUUCCAUUCAUUGAAGACACCCUGCUCUUCUCGUUCAUCUACAUCCACUAGCUUACAUCCACAUGCUACGUGUCUAUAGCACUCUAUCAUCUCUAGCUCUAGAUGUUUGUUCCAUUCAAGACACCCUCAUCUUGUUCAUCUAGAUCUACCAACUUGCGUCCACAUGCUACGUGUCCAUAGAAAUCACUUCACAGUAUUCUGUCAUCUCUACUCAAUUUUUUCACAGCGCCGCAUCCGGCUCCUGACUAUGUGCCACCAGACUACGACGCUCUGGCGAACACUAGCUCUUUCGCUGUGUACUCGGUUACGGGUCGUCCUGCGCCUGUGGAUCAACCGGCAGCGAUCAGGAGUGAGAAGCUGAACGACAAUCUCACCUUCAACGUCGAAAAGAUUCCGUUCCUUCGCGGCUGGCGGCCGUAUGUCUAAGUGUGGGUGGCCAACAUACAAGAUGAGUGCACAACUAAGAGGAGACCAUUUCUUACUUGUUGUUUCGUAACCGUUAAGGCUUGUCUGCGGCGAUCGAGAGUGUAAUGCAUCAUAAUGUUAGUUCUCUUUUUGAAUCCUUUUUUCUCAAAUAUGUCUGGCUCAUCUUGGUCCCAUAGUUUUACACCCGUAAACUUGAUUCCUUUUUCCCAAAAAGAUUACAUCAUUGUCAGUCCCAAUGAAUGCUUCCCGCUGAUUCCUCAAUCCAUCGUACUCCACGAGUCAUUUCCAAGAAUCAAUGGGGGCUGAUCAUACUAAAAAUUUCCUAGUCCAAAGAUGAAUGCGAAUUGGCGUCCGAAGAUGGCCUAGCAAGCAAUGAUGCGCUGCGUCGCUGCGUAUUUGAAAACCGACAU